GGGGCCGUGGUGUGCUCGGUGCGAUGCUGAGACCGGUGUCCUGCUGCAGGUGGAAGUAACGCGCUUGUUUCGUAUCCACGAGUCUCGGACACGGCAACAGGGCCUAACGGUAACAGUUACAGCAGCCACAUGGCAGGCACUUGGAUAAUGCAACAUUUAUCACUGAAAACACGUUGCUUCAAAGUACCUUCAGUGCCGUAUUUGGAAUACUUACCAUUAGUAUAACUAUGUAAGAAUGGACUUUUUUUUUUUUUUCAUACUUUCUGCUAUAUCAGGUGUUUCUUUUCAUCACCUAGUUUCAAGCCACCAACCUAUUAUUACCGUUUUCAUAAAAGUUAAAGCCAAACCAGAUGGAGCAGGGAAAGGCAGGAAAGCGUUAGCAUCUCCAAGUGUGUGUGCACACAUGUGGGCAUGCAGGUAUGCUGUGGGAGCAGCUGGCUGGGCAGCUGCACCCCCUGGCCAGCCCAUCAACAUGCUCCAACUAUUUAUAACCUUCUGUGGUGUUUUACGUAGCAGCAUUAUCGCUGGAGGUCUAUGGAGGACUGAGCUUUGUGUCCAACAAACGGCUUGUCUAGGAAAUCACAUCCUUCAAACUGUUAGAAGGGUUUAAACAGAAUGCUCCUAACAAGGAAAUAAAUGGGUUGCUAGAACUCAAGUCUGUCAAAAGUUUUUGUCCAGGUCAUUCGUGAAACCUAGAGCAGAAACAGAGUAAGUUACAAUCUUGUUAUGAAUGAGAAACGAAGCAAAGUACAUGAAUUAAAAGCAUGCUAAAUGUCAGAAACAAAAGGAUAGGAUUAUCUUUUGUUUCAUUUAUUUUGGCAAUAGAAAAAAAGUAAAUGUGUUUCAAGCAAAAUAUUAUCCAAAUAGAAUGGAAAUAGGAAGGAAAAUGUGACAUCAAAUAAAGUAAGCUUUCUGCUUGCCUGGAAUUCUAGUCUGCUGUCAGAAAGGAUCCUGCAGAAUUUGAGGGAACCUGACGAUGGAAUAUCAGGAUUUGGGGGGCUCUGGAAAAAUACAAUGAAUUUUAUUUUUUUUUUUAAAUCAUGUAUGACAUAGGAAGAAAGAUAAAUAAGCUAUGACCAAUGUAUACAAAACUCACAAAUGGUUUGCAGAAAUGUAUUGGGAGGGUCUUUUUGUACAUAAAAAAGAAGAGCCAUUUGAACAGUGAAAAUACCAAGUUUGCUAAAACAAAAUAGUCACAGAAUCAUUUAGGUUGGAAAAGACCCUGAAGAUCAUCAAGUCUGACCAUUAACCUAGCACUGCCAAGUCCACGACUAAACUAUGUCCCAAAGCACCAUAUCUACAAGUCUCCUCAAUACCUCCAGGGAUGGUGACUCCACCACUUCCUUGGGCAGCCUGUUCCAGUGCUUGACAACCCAGUUUCGCAGAAUGUGUAGUUAGGCUAACGUUAUUUCAUGUUGUGGAGGUCAACAGCUCUGAGAGAAAGGAAAAACUAGAGAUUUGUAUAGGUAAAAAUACAGAUUUAUAAUGUAAGAAAAGUACAGAAGGGGAUAUAGGAUUACAAUCUUGAGUUUAGCCUUGGUUUUGAUUUUUAAAAUUUAGGUUAAGAUUUUCAUUUUGUUUAUCCUGUAUGUGCCUUCUGCAGGAGGUAUCGCAUCUUUCUCCAAAGCCUCUAGUGCUAAGCACUUCUGGAAACAGGAGAUGGGACUAGCUGGGCUAUGCUGUCAUUUGUUGGCGGUCAUCAUGGCUCUCACUUCUAUCAUCUGAUGGUUCUUUGGGAGCCUGUGCAAAAUCUUCAGUCUUGAUCUUGGAGGUAUAUCUGCUAUUGUACUGAAUGGCUAUGAUGCAGUAAAAGAAUGUCUUGUUCAUCAAAGUGAAAUUUUUGCAGAUAGACCAUCUCUUCCCCUGUUUAAGAAGCUGACAAACAUGGGAGGCUUACUGAACAGUAAAUAUGGCAGAGGAUGGACAGAACAUCGCAAAUUAGCUGUAAAUACCUUUCGAAUUUUUGGAUAUGGUCAAAGGUCCUUUGAACACAAAAUUUCAGAAGAAUCUAUUUUUUUUCUUGAUGCCAUUGAUACAUACAAAGGCAGACCAUUUGAUCUUAAGCACUUGAUAACAAAUGCUGUUUCAAACAUUACUAAUUUGAUUAUUUUUGGAGAACGUUUUACAUACGAAGAUACUGAAUUUCAGCACAUGAUUGAGAUUUUUAGUGAAAAUAUUGAAUUAGCUGCUAGUGCUUCUGUAUUUUUAUAUAAUGCUUUUCCUUGGAUUGGUAUCUUGCCAUUUGGGAAACACCAGCAGCUGUUUAAAAAUGCAGCUGAAGUCUAUGACUUUCUUCAUGAGCUUAUUGAACGUGUCUCUGAAAAUAGGAAGCCUCAGUCACCUCGACAUUUUGUAGAUGCAUAUUUAGAUGAGAUGGAUUGCAAUGAAAAUGAUCCAGAAUCUACAUAUUCAAGAGAAAACUUAAUUUUCUCUGUUGGAGAACUCAUCAUAGCUGGGACAGAAACCACAACAAAUGUUUUAAGAUGGGCAGUGUUAUUUAUGGCUCUUUAUCCAAACAUUCAAGGGCAAGUUCAAAAAGAAAUUGAUUUAGUCAUCGGCCCAAACAAAAUGCCAGCUUUUGAAGAGAAAUGCAAAAUGCCAUACACUGAGGCUGUUCUACACGAAGUUCUAAGAUUCUGUAAUAUAGUUCCGCUAGGUAUUUUUCAUGCAACAUCCAAAGAUACUGUUGUGCGUGGUUACUCUAUUCCUGAAGGUACUACAGUCAUUACAAACCUCUACUCCGUUCAUUUUGAUGAAAAAUACUGGAGCAAUCCAGAAGUGUUUUUUCCUGAGAGAUUUUUGGACAGCAAUGGGCAGUUUGUCAAGAAAGAUGCGUUUGUUCCUUUUUCGCUAGGAAGAAGACAUUGUCUUGGAGAACAACUAGCUCGAAUGGAAAUGUUUUUGUUUUUCACUUCAUUACUGCAACGAUUUCACCUGUGUUUUCCUCAUGGGGUGGUUCCAGAUCUGAAACCAAGAUUAGGCAUGACCUUACAACCACAGCCAUACCUCAUCUGUGCAGAAAGGCGGUGAACAGAAGGGUCUAGGUUGGCAGGUGGAGCAAAAUGCUCCAAGGUGCAGCUGAGGAUCCACUUUGUCUUCUAUUUCUAAUUGUUCAUGUCAGACAAACAAAACUUUAAAGGACUUGCAGAUAAAUUCUGACUAUUUGUGCACAAAUUAAUAGUUUCUUUUUACUUGGUUUUCACCAAAAAAAACCCUUCAUCCAAAACCAUGAAACACAUCCUGUGUUUAAAGUUGAUGUUUUCACUCCGGAAGUCUGUUAUGAAUCUAACUUCUGAUUCAGCUUUUAAGUACUUAAUUACUUAGCAAUCCUUUUUACUUUUAGAGGAUAUUUUUAUAAGCAUGGAGAAUAUGUCUCAAAAUGUU